AUUGAUUGAUCUUCACCCCACUCCCCGCUGACCAGAGAAAACACACCCGAUAGCAAAUGCGAGAGGGGAUUUAAAUGAGACAAAUACCGUCCGCUUCGCUGCGCGGACGAGUUGGCUAUCUGUGGGUUCUCAAACGGGUAGAGGUAGUCUGCUGUUAGACCUCGCUUCCUGUUAGCCUCGAGCUCGCUGGAAAAUUGAAACAAUGCUAACGAACGAGCCAUUGUUUAGAAAAACCAACGCCAAAAGGAGCUAGUCGUUCCAGCUUGGUUAUAAUUUUGUAACAAAUUUGUUAAAACUAAUAUUUUAUUACCAGUAGUGUCAGUGUGACUGGGCUUCUUUAGUUUGCUAUCGCUCGACAGCUAGCCAUCUUGCUUGGGUUAGUGGAUCCAAGUGUUUAAUUUAGGUUUUUCGAUGACAACGAGCUAGCGGUAUUGGAUUUAUGUAUAACUCUGGUCCUUACAACUCGACCAGGACCCGUAUUCGUGUGACCAGUGCCCGUAAAUGACUUCAUUUAGCUGUGGUACGAGCAGACUGCUCACUGUGAAUAGACAAAAGGGAAUCAAAGACUUGCUCUGUUAACGAGGGCAUCACAGAUAAGAAUAAAAGUAGAAUUUUAUUUUUGUUUUGUGCGUCUUCGUACAGUUAGAUUUUCAGAAAUAUAUAUUUAGGUUUAUUAGUGCAAAUAGAUAAAAACGUUUUCGCUUGAUUUAAUCCGCAUUAGGGAGUGUGGAUGGAGGCGAUGCAGAUGGUGCUGCAUCUGAUGGCUGUGCUUCCCUGAACCUGCUACUUCCACGUUCAUUUCAUUAAAUUAAAUCAUCUGUUUAAAUUCAUCAAAACACGCUGUUAGGUAUCUUGUUAGAGUCGUGGUGAAUCGGUUACAGAGAGGGCUUCCUGGACGUCAGCCUCACCAUCCAUCCACUCAUCUACCACCGCCCUCCGAUUCUCCGGCUAUGGACCCCCCGAGGACUCGCUCGCGGUCUCGGUCUGGCUUCUAUCAUUUUGCCAUGAACGGCAGCGUUGGAAGCAAUGGAGGCGGCAACGCUAUCGGCAACGGGAACUUAGUGAGCGCCAGCGGAGGAGCAGUGGUGAAUUAUCCGCCGCAGAAUAACCCCGGCUGGGCGCCGCACCACGGAGGACGGAGCUACCCGGAGAGCCAACAGCAGCAGCAGUCGCACGGCCAGGGGAGCUACCUGUCUGCGGGGGUGCAGCGGCACUCCGCACAUGGAGCUCACAGACACACUGGGGCCGGAGGACUGCUGCAUUUUCAUCCAGACAAUGUGUGCAGUGAGGAUCGAGACAAAAUGGAGGACAGCCCGAGCCCGAAGCGGCAGCGUCUUUCUCAGCAGUCUAUGAUAGAUUUAAGCUCCGCCCCUCCCUCUACUCCAUCCUCUCCUAUUCGCCCGUGGGAGCUGCCUCCUAAUCGCAGACCACACCCCCUCUACAUGCCAGAGAGGUGCCACACACCUGCCAGAAACCGCCGCAGUCCUCCAAUGAGACGCCAGCGUGGCCGAAGAGACCGUCUGACCCGCCACCACCACCACUACAACAGCAACAACAACCACCACCUUCACCAUCCCCCCACAGGCCACCAACAUCACCACCACCCUCACCCCCACCAUGGCUCAUCUUCAGGCCAUCAGGAUGAGAACUACCGACACCCAACUCCUCCACAGGGUUACCUCCCUUACAGCCAGCUGCCCCCUCGAGGGCUGGGGUCUGGCCCUGAAGAGCGUCCAGGUUACCACCCCCCAAAUCCCUCACCUAGACCUGUUCACCAGUCACCAAACCUGUCUCCCAGGCUUCUGCACCCUGGGGCUCAUCCACAGCACCAAUACCCCCACCCGUCCCAGCAACAGAGCGGGGGUGUCCUUGACAUCCAAGACCAGGGUUCUGCUCCAGGAUCGUAUCCCGUGUCUCCACCAGGAGCACCAACAAGCCUGCCCCCCCGCUCAGCCCCGCAGCAGAUCCCAGCAUGCUCGGUGGUUUUCAGCGGCCAGCACUAUCCCGUCUGCAGCGUUCCUCCUUCUGUCCUUCAGACCUGCUCUGUUCAGCAUCUGCCCGUGCCCUACCCAUUCCCGUCACUGUUGUCCAGUGACUCGGCCUUCUUAAUUCCCCCUCCUCACCUUGCCCAUCCUCCCACACACCUUUCCCAUCAUCCACCUCACCUGCCGCAGCCUGCUCAGUUUGGACCCUAUCCAGCCCAGCAGGCGCGAUCGCCUUUACAGAGAAUAGAGAAUGACGUGGAGCUGCUAGGAGAGCACUUGUCUCUGGGUGCUGGUCUCCAUUAUUCUCCUGCUGCCCACCCUGCCCUCACCCCCCACUCCACACAGCUCCACUUCCUCUCCCAUGAUCCUCUGCCACAGGAGAUCUUUGGAGUGUCCUAUCCAAACUUUUUUCCUCGACGCCUCCCAGGACGACGUUACCGUUCGCAACAGCUUCCACCCUCGCCUUACCACCCCAGCCUCUUGCCUUACUUCCUAUCAAUGCUGCCAGUCCAGCCCACCGGUCCUGCCAUCAGCUUAGAGCUGGAUGUAGAUGAUGGAGAGGUGGAGAACUAUGAGGCCCUCCUGAAUCUCGCCGAGCGUCUAGGAGAGGCCAAACUCCGAGGACUGACCAAGGGAGACAUAGAGCAGCUUCCUUCCUAUCGAUUCAAUCCAAAUAACCACCAGUCUGAACAAACACUGUGUGUGGUGUGCAUGAGUGAUUUUGAGUCCCGUCAACUGCUGCGAGUGCUCCCCUGCAGCCACGAGUUCCACGGAAAGUGUGUCGACAAGUGGCUGAGGGCUAACAGGACAUGUCCCAUCUGUCGGGCAGAUGCCUCAGAGGUGCAGAGAGACUCAGAAUGACCACAAGAGGGAACCAAGCACUUCCUGUUCUUUGUCAAACACAUCCAACACUACCUGCUCCUCUUAAAUGAAUACACCUGUGUUUUCUCUCUCUCUCUCUCUCUCUCUCUCUCUCUCUCUCUCUCUCUCUCUCUCUCUCUCUCUCUCUCUCUCUCUCUCUCUCUCUCUCUCUUUCUCUC